AUGCCAUGGAGGGACCUAAAUAGCACAGGCUAUCAGGAGCCCUCCACAGGUCCAUUUUCUGUUGACGGCAAGCUUGCUGCCGAUUGCCUCCAAUCCAUACCAUUUGAUGCCAGAAAGGGCACUCAAUUUGUUGACGAGUUCCGCAAAUUUGUUGAGUGGCAAUCCACUCUCGAUGUCUUGAAGAACCCCCCAUCGGAAUACCUGUCUCCCGCUACCGAUAUCCUCGGUGGUCUGGAUCAAACCCAGGCCCAGGCAGCACAGAGUAGCUAUGACAGUCAAACUUUGCUCUACAUCCCUCUUCCUUUUUUCGAUAGACCUGAGCCUGGUGUCUGUCUCGAAGGACGGACUUCAAGUCCCGCAAAUAUACGUCGUCGCAACGAUGCCCAGCUGCUGAGUCAGGGUGUAGACAAUGUCUCAGCCGUGGUCACUAUCAACGAUCGACUGGCAGUUGAUGUGCUUGAAGAGUUUGCCAGCUCGCAGUCCUUCCAAGAUCCCGAUGCAAGAUACCGCCAGCUCUUCUACUGUCCUGGUCGCGAAGUAACCGGCAAUGAUGCGAGGGGUGCCUUUGCUGCUCCCUCCCUGUGGCCUGAAUGGACCCAGUACGAGAUCCAGUUCGCAAACGGCACCAGCAUCCAAACAGACAUCGUGGCAAGCCUUGCUUCCACCUUCGGUGUGUUCGACUAUACCACCGGCCGCUCCUUGCUAGAAGACAAGUGCCUUGUGAGCAUGUCGCCCACCAAUACCUCUUCUCCCACCCCCUCUCCCUCUCCAUCCCCGUCCGCAACCGCAACCCCCUCCCCGCACCCUCCAUGUACCCCGAGCCCGUGA